AUGAAUAGUAAUAAUAUAGAAUCUGUUGGUUAUAUUAUUAAUAAUGAAAAAGAUUUUAAUAAAUUUAUAAAUAGUAUAACAAAUGACUGUGAUAAUUUUAAUAAUUUUAAUAAUAAUAAUAGUAAUAAUAAUAAUAAUAAUAAUAAUAAUAUAAUAGAAUCAUUAAAUAAAAAUAAUCAUUUAAAUAUUUUAAAUAAAAUUGAAUCUCUAUCAAUAAUCGAAAGUGAUAAUGAUGAUUCAAUUGUACCAAAUGAAAAACAAAUAUUAACACCACCAUCCACUCCCACAAAAUCAAUAUCAAAUAUAUUCGAAUCACCAGCAAGAGGGCAAUACUUUGAACCAAUCUGCCCUGGUGCACCUAAAAAGAAUUAUGCUUACCUUCAACCUAAAACAACAUCUGGAAACUGUAAAAAAAGAAUCCUAUUCCCAGAUUUAAAUCAAGAACUAAACUCAUCCAAUGACAUCUCAUCACUUUUAUCCCCAAAAGUUUCUAAAUCUCAAAGUCAAAUCCAAUUCAUUCCAUCCUCAUCUUUUAAAAAUAUUGACUCACCAAUAGCCAGAAAAAGAUUAUUAUUUUAA